AUGGUGUACAUCCGGCAACACGAAUUGGCGAAUCUGAAGAACUACAAAUAUGUUGGAAUCGACCAUUCGCCUGUCAGUCGGUAUAUCUUGAAGCCGUUCUACACCAAUUACGUGAUUCGCUGCUUCCCCAUGGGAAUGGCGUGA